CAGGGGGAAGAGGAGGCUGCUACGUUCCUGUGCAGAGGCGGCAUCACCCCCGUACGGGCGCGGAGUUCGUCAUCACCGUCCUCUACCGCGUCGGGGUUUGGUCCGUUUGGGUUGGUCUUUUGUACGUGAGCGGGGCCUUGGGAAGAAGAAUCAUGUAAAUCACAAUUCUAGGAGGUGCCAUAAGAAGAUGGGGGAUGCUGCAGACAGCAAGGAAAUGAGAAAGACUUUCAUUGUUCCUGCCAUCAAACCUUUUGACCAUUAUGAUUUCACCAGAGCCAAAAUCGCCUGUAAUCUAGCGUGGCUGGUGGCCAAAGCCUUUGGGACAGAAAAUGUUCCAGAGGAAUUGCGAGAACCAUUUUACACAGAUCAGUAUGACCAGGAACACAUUAAGCCACCUGUUGUUAACUUGCUGCUAUCUGCUGAACUCUAUUGUCGUGCUGGAAGUCUUAUUCUCAAGAGUGAUGCUGCAAAACCACUUGUGGGUCAUGAUGCAGUUAUCCAGGCCUUGGCACAGAAAGGUCUUUAUGUCACUGACCAAGAGAAGUUAGUAACUGAAAGAGAUCUGCACAAGAAACCCAUUCAGAUGAGUGCCCAUCUGGCAAUGGUUGAUACCCUGAUGAUGGCAUAUACAGCAGAGAUGGUCAGUGUUGAAAAGGUGAUUGCAUGUGUUCAGCAGUAUUCAGCCUUCUUCCAAGCUACAGAACUUCCCUAUGAUAUUGAGGAUGCUGUCAUGUACUGGAUAAAUAAGAUAAAUGAACAUUUGAAAGACAUUAUGGAACAGGAACAAAAAUUAAAAGAGCAUCAUGGUAUAGAAACUCCAGGAGGUCAAAAGUCUCCUACCAAAUGGUUUUGGAAACUGGUUCCUGCUCGUUACAGAAAGGAGCAAACAUUGCUUAAGCAGCUGCCCUGCAUUCCACUGGUAGAAAAUCUGCUGAAGGAUGGUACAGAUGGUUGUGCUUUAGCAGCUCUGAUCCACUUCUACUGUCCUGAAAUUGUCAAAUUGGAGGAUAUUUGUUUGAAGGAGACCAUGUCAUUGGCUGAUAGCUUAUACAAUCUACAGCUCAUUCAAGAAUUUUGUCAGGAAUAUUUGAACCAGUGUUGCCAUUUCAAUCUGGAAGAUAUGCUAUAUGCUGCUUCUUCAGUAAAGAGUAAUUAUUUGGUGUUCAUGGCAGAACUUUUCUGGUGGUUUGAAGUGGUGAAGCCCUCAUUUGUACAGCCACGUGUUGUCAUUAAUCCCCAAGCUGAACCUGUGAAAGAUGCAUCUUCUGUUCCUAUUUUGAAUGCUAAUAGAAGAAAUGUUAUGGAUAGUUCAUGUGGUUCUGACUUUAUAGCCAGUGUGGAGGGGCCAACUUUUACACCAUCUCAUCAACUUCUACCUGUUAGGCAUACAUACCAUCAGCCUUAUUCAGCUGCUCCAGGUGUCAUUAAAAGGUCCACAUCUAUGUCUUAUGUGGAUGGAUAUGUAGGAACCUGGCCCAAAGAGAAAAGAUCUUCGGUGCAUGGAGUUUCAUUUGACAUCCCUUUUGAUAAUGAAAACAGCAUUAAUAUAUCUACUCCAAACAGAGGAAUUACUAGAUCUGUUAGUAAUGAGGGCCUUAUGCUAAAUAUCAACCGCAUGCCCAAACACAUUAGGAAAAACCUGUCCUUCAAGCCAGUAAAUGGAGAAGAGGAAACACAAGAUAUUGAAGAAGAGAAGGACAUAAUAUCUCAUAAUGAACCAAAGGCCAACAUGCCUCUUAACAUAAAUGAAAGGAAUGCCAAUGAAAACCGCCAAUAUAAGCUUCCAAAUGGAGCUCUGCAAAACAGGGCAGUUAUGGAUGAUUUUGGCAAUCAACUUGAGACUCCAAGCAUUGAAGAGGCUUUGCAGAUAAUUCAUGAUACUGAAAAAUCUCCUAAUGUUAUCCAGCCAGACCAAAUUACAAAUGGGUUCUUUCUUCAUAACCAGGAAAUUAGCAUCUUGAAUUCAAAUGUUAAACUAAACCAGCCUAAUCCUGAUAUCAUUACAGACACAAAAGUUGCUCUAAGUCCUGUGACUGACAAUACUGAAGCGGACACUGGAAUACACGUUCCUUCAGAAGAUAUUCCAGAAACUAUGGAUGAAGAUUCUUCUUUGAGAGAUUAUACUGUAAGCAUGGACUCUGACAUGGAAGACCCACCGAAAUGCCUUCAAGAUUAUGAUGUACGAGCUAGCAACCACAGGGAGCUAUUAAGUCCCUGUCCAAGCUCAAUAAGUACCAAAUCACAAGCUGGGAGCAGUGCUUCUUCAAGCUCAGGAGUCAAAAUGACUAGCUUUGCAGAGCAGAAAUUCAGGAAAUUGAAUAACCCGGAUAGUAGAAGUAGUGGAAGCAGUUCUCAGAAAACUACCCCUGAAGGCUCUGAGUUGAAUAUUCCUCAUGUCGUUGCUUGGACUCAUAUACCUGAGGAAACAUCUCUUCCUCAAGGAAGAGACACUACACAAUUGCUCGCUUCAGAAAUGGUCCAUCUUAGGAUGAAGCUAGAGGAAAAGAGGAGAGCCAUAGAAGCACAGAAGAAGAAAAUGGAAGCUGCUUUUACUAAGCAGAGGCAGAAAAUGGGAAGGACAGCAUUCCUAAAUGUAGUGAAAAAGAAAGGUGAUGGAAUAUCACCUCUUCGAGAAGAAGCAGCCGGAGCUGAAGAUGAAAAAGUAUUCACUGAAAGUAACAGAUUGAAAGAAAAUGACGCACAAAAACCAGUUGAACAGAUUAGUAAGACUAAAGAGGUAAUAAAGGAAAGUGCUGAAAAUUCUCAGACCAAGUGGUUAAAGUCCCCUAGCAUGGCUACGGAUGCUGAAAAGCAAUGGAAUUUAGCAAGCCCCUCAGAGGAAACCUUAAAUGAAGGGGAUAUUUUAGAAUACACAAAAUCUAUUGAAAAGCUAAAUGCUUCUCUACAUUUUCUACAGCAGGAAAUGCAACGCCUGUCCCUUCAGCAAGAGAUGCUGAUGCAAAUGAGGGAGCAGCAGGCCUGGGUUAUUUCACCUCCUCAACCUUCACCUCAGAAACAAAUUCGGGAGCUUAAAUCUUCGAGGCAAACAGGAUCAGCGUCUCCCAUUGCAUCAUUUGCUUUGGAAUCACCUCGUCCUACUCAUCAAUCACCACAGUCUUCUAAUAGGAAGAAUGCCUCUUUUCCUGUAAAAAUGCAAAGGACUCCUAGGCCAAAUGAACUGAAAAUAAUACCUUUUAAUCGCACUUUGACUGCUCCACGCUCUGUGGAUAGUCUUCCUCGUUUGAGAAGAUUUUCUCCAAGUCAGGUUCCCAUUCAGACUAGAUCAUUUGUGUGUUUUGGAGAUGAUGGAGAACGUAAUUCUGAACCUCAAUCAAAAAGGAAUCUUCCGAAAGAAGUCAAAUCUACAGAGGAUGUAGCAAAAGAGCAACAACAAAAAGGGACUUUGGAAAAAUGUGAACAAAAAAUGAAGGAAAGGGAGAUCAAGCCUUUUGAAUCUAAGGUUUCUGAAGUAUUAUCCCAGCCCAUCACAGAAACUGUCUGUCUCACCCCAAAUGAAGAUCAGCUAAGCCAACCUGGUUUGCCAACAACGAUUCCUAAAACAGCUAACCUAAUUGAAGUUUCCCUCUCAGAUUUGAAACCACCAGAAAAGGCUGAAGUAUCUGUUGAGAAAUAUGAAGGUGAGAGUGAUAGAGAACAAUUCGAGGAUGACCAAAAAGUGUGUUGUGGAUUCUUUUUUAAGGAUGAUCAAAAGGCAGAAAAUGACAUGGCAGUGAAACGGGCAGCAUUAUUACUUCGAAAGCAGCAGUUGGAAGCAGAACUAGAACACAAGAAAGAAGAGACAAGAACUAGAACACAAGAAAGAAGGCAAAAAAAAGAAGAUGAAAGAGCACGUAGAGAAUUUAUUAAACAAGAAUAUAUGAGACGGAAACAGUUGAAGCUCAUGGAAGAAAUGGAUAUUAUAAUAAAGCCACGCCCACACUCAUCUAAACAAAAAAAGCCACGUCCAAAAUCUAUUCAUAGAGAUCAUAUUGAAUCACCCAAAACUCCAGUAAAAGGUCCACCAGUAUCUAGUCUUUCAUUGGCAUCACUGAACACAGGAGACAAUGAUAGCGUGCAAUCAGGCAAGAGAACGCCAAGGUCUGAGUCUGUGGAAGGAUUCUUAUCUCCAAGUCGUUGUGGUAGUCGCAAUGGGGAAAAAGAUUGGGAAAAUGCAUCUACAACUUCUUCAGUGGCCUCUGCUACAGAAUACACAGGCCCUAAACUCUAUAAAGAACCCAGUGCAAAAUCCAAUAAGCAUAUUAUUCAGAAUGCUCUGGCACAUUGUUGCUUGGCUGGAAAAGUAAAUGAAGGUCAGAAGAAAAAAAUACUGGAGGAAAUGGAGAAAUCUGAUGCCAAUAACUUCUUAAUCCUAUUCCGGGAUUCAGGCUGCCAGUUCAGAUCUCUGUAUACAUACUGCCCUGACACUGAAGAAAUCAAUAAGCUGACUGGGAUAGGCCCCAAAUCAAUCACAAAGAAAAUGAUAGAGGGACUAUAUAAAUACAACUCUGACAGGAAACAGUUUAGUCACAUACCGGCUAAAACGCUGUCUGCCAGUGUUGAUGCAAUUACCAUUCACAGCCAUUUGUGGCAAACCAAGAGACCAGUAACUCCUAAAAAACUUUUACCUACCAAGGCAUAGUAGAGGGGGAAAAUAUUUGCUUCAGACAUUUGUGGUAAAAUUGCACUUCAUCUUUACUGCCUAUAGAAAAUAGGUUUCUAGUUGCAACAAGACUUACAGAACUUGAAAUUGGACAAGCUCUUAUGCACAACUGGAAUGUAAACAGUAUUUAGGAGUACUUUAGAAGACUUGUCACUUAAGUGAUACAACUACAAGUGAUAAUGGAAAUGUAUGAUUCAUGUUUGGAAAUUAUGUGCUAAUACAGACUGUAGGGUACAUUUGCUCUAUAUUUUGAUUAGAUAAGCACUGAAUGUUUAUCUGCAGUGACUGAAAACAUUUUUUACAUUUGUUGCCUUAUGUGUUUGUGCUUGUCUUGAAAUUUAAUUUUCUUGCUGUUUUUUCCUUCACUUUUCUUAAUAUUAUUUUCAAUGUCAUUGAAUUUUACUAAUGGAUCCUAUCCUGAAAUACAAACAAAAAGGUGGUUUAUUAUGAGGUACAGAAUAUUUUGUGAUCAUUCUAAGACAUCCUGGUCUUUUUCUGAAAGACCCUCAUUGUAUGUUCUCAUGAUUACAGAAACAUUCAUCACACUGUAUUUCCAGUUCCAUUUCAACUGGUUUGUUUAUUUUUUAAACUAAAUAUUAAGGGAAUUCUUUGAGCUGCUUAAAGUGACAUUUCCUUCAGAUUAAAUUAUUAUUUAGUAACUAAAAUAUUCAGGAGUCACAAAAUUCACUAAGUAAAUCUGUUCUUUUCACCUUAGUUCUACCCAACUCUUCCUUAAACAAUUUUUGCUGUGGAUAGACAGACAUCCAUUACAGGUUUCAGUCUGUCCAGCUUUCUAAAAAGCAAAUCACUUUUUUACAUACUCUGACAGAUGACAUUUAAAGAAUUUCUUAUCCAUUCAAUAUAACUAUGGCGAAGAACGUAGUUGAUAUUUCAGGUUUAUAACAAUAGAAACACUUUUGAAAAUAGCCAAUGGAACUUAUUUCAGUUUUAUUUACAAAUGGGUGCAGUAUUAUUUACAACUUAUUAUUUCAUAAGUGUUUCAUUAUUUUAUAUGUCAUUAUUGUGCUUAAUGUUUUUCUUUUGUAUAAUUAUUUUCAGUGUAGCACUGUUCCGAAAAAACUACAAACUUGAAACCUCCCCCAAAUCUGUGGUUUUUUGGCAUUGUGUACCAGAGGAUUAGUUGGUGGGAGGGGGACAAACUCAUUCUCAGGAAAAGAUUUGAAUGAUUUAUGAUCCUGUUCUGUUUGUGUUGUGACAACUGUGUAAGCAUAAGGACAGUAUUGUACUUAUAACUAUGUAAGUCAUUCUGUUUCAUGGGGAGUAGAGACUAAAAUUAUAUAUUUCUCUCAUUGAACUUCUUAGAGAGAAAUAAUGCCUCACUACUAUGAUGUAUUCAUUUACUUAAAGAUUCACAGGAAUGAGAUGUCUUUAAACAGUUUAGAACAGUACUUUUUUAAUUAUUAUAAGGCCUUAGGCAUAAAUGCAUUGGGUUGUUUAUCAACUUUUUCUCAAAUGGUGUCAAUAUUUUACUAUAAUUUAUGUUCUUAUAUUUAUGUAUAUUUGUUAAAACUGUAAAAAAGAACACUUUAAAAAACAUGUUAAAGUUGUAUGUGGCUCAAAACUACUUGUGGCUAGCUGAUUCCUAUUGUUUGCAUGUAUAUGAUCAGGAUAAGUAACUCUUAUUUCAAGUGUAUACAGAUUGUGUAUAUAUUAUAUAAAUAUUAAAUAUGGGUGGGGAGGGUUUGCACAUUCUGCCUGCUAGAUAGCUCAAACAACUACUGUUAUAUGAACUUGUGUAUAUUAAACAUUAGUUUAAGAAAAGUCAAUGCUGGAGUAAAGUGCCAAUGGAUGGAAUUAACAGAUGUGGAUAUGAUGAAUACAUCUAUGAAGAUUUAUUUAUCAUGAGAGGCUUUUUUUUUCCCUAAAACCGAUCAAGGAUUUGACUGAAGACUUGCACUUCUCACUAAUACAUGCACAUCCAUUUUAAAAUACAUGCCAGGGGGAUUAUUUGAAAUAUGGCAGUGUAUUAUGUUCAUAUUUGUCUACAGGUUAAAAGAUGUGCAAUGUCUAUAGGUAGAAUAUGAACAACGCAACUGAAAAGUUAAUUGCUCACAAUUUAAAAUUUUACUCAAUACAGGAAAAGUGAAGAUGGAUGCUUUUUCUUUUUAAGCCUAUAAAUUUUCUAAUUACAGUGUAUCUUUGGUUGGGGUCAUGUUUAAAAAAAUAUAAAAGGAAAAAAAUUCAUAAAGGCUAUCGUUUAUCAUUGAUUUUUUUCACAACACACUGGUGCUUUAUUAUUGUUGUUUCUAUGACUGAAUUUGCCAAACAUUCAUCUUAGUUUCCAGACCAAAAUUCAAAUUAUAACAGUCAUAAUAGCUACUGAAACCAUUUUUAAAAUUUUAGUAUGACUGUUUUUAUCACUUGGCUGUUUAAAGCCAAAUUCAGCUAUUUAAUUAUGAUUUAAUGGGCACUGUUGAGAAAUGUACAGUGUAUUGUGUGCUUACUUGUCCACUUCUAUGGAUCACUGCUUCCAUAUUUUUUCAAAUAGUGUGCUGUACAAUAUUGUCGUAUUGCUACUUACGUGGUACAGUGUAGUUUUUCCUUUAAGUUGAAUAAAAGCAUGACACCAAAAUGA